AAUGCAGAAUUUAAUCAAUAUGUAUUCGUAAUUUAUUUUAAGUGUGAUAGGAUGCUUCUUAAUUAUCUACUCUACUUUUUGGUUCAGGACUCCAAUAAAAGAUAUAAAUGAUAUUGUUGCAUUCAGAAAACCAAUGUAUGAUUAAAUUGUUUUAUUUUUUUUGGAUGCUACAGGAUAUCGAUACAUAAUUAAUGAAAAUACAGAUCAUCAAAUAUUCCAAACAAUUACUAUAUUGAAUGAUUUAAAUCAUAAUUAUCCACUCCAUACAUUCCUUUAAAAAACUAAAGCUGUUCCACCUUCAACUGAUUUUACUAUUUUAAGUAUAAUUAAUGGAAUCAAAUAAAUGCAAAAUAAUAUAGAUGUGAUAUUUAAAUCUAAUCCAGCACCAUAUGAAGAUUCUAUAUUAAGAAAACAAUUCAAAUCAGCACUCUAUUCAAGUAAAAAACAUGAUUGGUUAAGAAUGACUUCAGGAGAAUUUACUUAUGUUGAAAAUCCAUAAUUUUUUAGUCUAGAAAAUAUUCAAAUUGCAGAUCUUUCAUCAUACUAAUUCUUUAAAUAAUCUUUUUAAUAAGAUUAACCAGAUUAUUAAUUAUAUGUUGUUCAUAUGAUGGGUUUUGAUGCAUUAGGACAUGCCUUAUAACAUUAAGAUUAUGAUUAAGCAACAUAAUUGUUUUCAAUGUUUAAUUCUAUCUUAGAAGGAGUAGUUAAUAAUCUAAAAGAAAAUUAACUUUUGAUAGUUAUUGGUGAUCAUGAUUAAAGUAAAAGAGGAAAACAUUAUCAAUGUUCAUAAGAAUCAUCUGAAUGUUAAGGCUUUAUUUUUGCAUUCUCAAUAGAUGGACUCUUUUAAGAAAAUCAAAUCUAUGAUUUUUAUGAACCUACUGAUAUAUCAGCAACUAUUACAUCUCUUUUAGGAUAUAAAUCAACAAGUCAAAAUCUUGGUAAAAUUAUACCCUAAUUUUAUCCAAGAAAAACUAAUAUAUCAGAAAUCUAAGAUGAUUAAGAAAGAAUUAAAAAAUAAGUUAUUAAAUAUCUUUAAACUUAAGGAUACAAAAUAUCAUCUACUUUUAUUGAAGAAUUAAAAUAAUUAUCAGCUGAUCAAGUUGUAUUUUAAUGUUAAAGAAAUCUAUAAUUAGGAUUACCAAGAAAAGAAUCCUAUUUUAUUGGAAUAAUAUUAUUAUUACUUUGUAUCUACAAAAUGUAAGAUCAUUUAGGAUUAAAAGAGACUAUAAUUAUAGUAUCAACUGGUUUCUUUAAUGCCUAAAUUAUGAUUAUUGGAUUAUUAGUAUUAGUGUUUCUUAGAAGAGAAUAUAAAUUUAAAUUAAUUCUAAAGAUACUAGUUUUAUUCAUAUUUAUUUAACUAUAUGAAAUGGGAUAUAUUCCAGAUAUAUUAUUAUCUAUUGAGAUUUAAUUUUUACUCAUUUUAGCUAUUAAAUAUUAAAAUUUCAUUCUUUCAAGAUUGAAAUUUACUAAAUGGAAGAUAUCUUUAUUAUUUUCAUUGGUGUUUAUUUCAUAGAGUGUUGUUUGUGUAUUUUUCUUUUUAGAUUAAAAUGAAUUUGAAUUAAGGAAGUCUCUAUUAUAGAGUUUGAUUAGUGUGAUUAUAUUAUUUUUUGUAAUAGAUCCAAGAUAUUUUAAUAAAGGAAGAGUAAAGGCAUUAUAUCUAACAAUACUUUUUAUAUUAUCAGAUGUAAGUGUUAUAUUCUAAUUAAAUUAUUCUAUGAAUUUCAUAUAAUUUCUAUUAUAAUUUAUGCUCUUGUAAUUUAAAGAUGUUGGAUAGAAUGUACUCAUUUCUAAAAUCCUAUAUAAUGCAAUUAAUCCUAUAAAAAUUAAUCAUUAAGUAUUUAAAGGUUAUUAAUAAAUAAAUAUGAAUUCAAUGAUCUUACUCACUAAAGAAUUUGAUAUUGGACCCUCAUUAUUUUCAGUUUUUAUUGGUAGUUUUGGAUGUUAAAUAAUAGGAAUUGCAUCUUUAUUUUUUAAUUAACUUAAUUAAGAUAGACAUAAGAUUGUUGGUGCUUUGAUUAUAUCAUCCAUUUCUAAUUUAAUGCUAAAUUCAUGGUAGAUUUUGAAUUACAAUUAAUCUAUUCAUAAUACAAAUUAAAUGAUUGAAGAAUAGAUAACAUUGAUAAAUAAUUUACCAUUGAAAUUAUUGGAAUUGAUUCUAUAUAGUUUUGCUUUUAGUAUAUUGGUUAGAUAAAUAAAGAAAUAAAGGGAGAUAUAAUGA